AUGUACCGACAAGUUAAAAUAUGCGAACCGCACCAGCAGUUACAAAAAAUCAUAUGGCGUGAUCGACCCACCGAAACAUUAAAGACGUAUGUUUUGACCACCGUAACAUAUGGUACAGCGGCUGCGCCGUACUUGGCUGUCCGAACCUUGCAUCAGCUUGCCAAAGAUGAAGGUGAUAACUUACCAGUCGCUGCCCAAGCAAUAAAAUGUGAUUUUUAUGUUGAUGAUUUAUUAACCGGAGCUGACACACUGACAGAAGCUAGACGCCUGCAACGUGAUGUUAGUUCAUUAUGCGAAAAAGGCGGUUUUCUAUUACGAAAGUGGUGUGCUAACCAUACUAGCCUGUUGAGUCAUUUACCAGAAAAUCUAAGGGGUACCAUUCACAAGUUAAAUUUUUCGGACAGUAUAGUCACUAAGGCACUUGGGGUGAAUUGGGUACCCGUGACAGAUAGUUUACACUAUAAGGUCACGGAAUGGAAACCAGCGAAAACAGUGAAAAGGCGAGUCGUCACUUCAGACAUCGCUAAGUUAUUUGACCCACUGGGAUUGAUGGGUCCCAUUAUUGUUACAGCAAAGAUUUUUAUUCAAUCUUUAUGGCGCCUCAAUACAGGAUGGGACAGCCCAUUGCCGCUCGAAUACACCAAGCAGUGGAUAAAAUAUCGUAAAGGUUUAGUAAUGUUAAACAAUAUUACUAUUCCUAGACGGUUAACUAUCUCUACGAAGCAAGGCAUUCAAAUUCACGUAUUUUGCGACGCGUCCGAGUUGGCAUACGGCACAUGUGUAUACAUACGCUCGAUAAACGAUGACUCAAUCGUGUACUGUCAACUGUUAUGUUCGAAAUCACGUGUAGCCCCAUUACGAAACACUACUAUACCACGUUUAGAAUUAUGUGCCACGUUACUGGGUGCCAGACUACUUGACAAGGUAAAGACGGCACUAAAGGGUGUGGUGAAAAUUAAUCGUUGCUGUUUAUGGAGUGAUUCUACUGUGGCAUUAACAUGGAUAACUGACCAACAAGGUAGUCGAUCAUGGAAAACAUUUAUAGCAAAUCGUGUAGGCGAAAUUCAUGACCGAACGGCGGGUUGUGAGUGGUUAUAUGUCAAAGGAGAGGAUAAUCCAGCCGACGUUAUUAGUCGGGGAAUUUCUGCCUCACAAUUGGCUGAAAACCAACGUUGGUUCUGUGGGCCUGAGUGGCUAACAUAUCCAGAAGACGCAUGGCCAAACAAUACUAAACCCCAAGUCGAAGAGCCUAUCCCUGAACGGCGCAUACAACAAGUCAGUUUGAUCAGCACUGAAGUGACGGACGAUACGAUUCUCAAACGGUUUUCACGAGUAGAACGGCUACAACGGGUCACAGCAUACAUGUUACGAUUUAUUAAAAAUUGUAAAAGAGAAAAAACAACAAGAUUCAUUGGUGAAUUAUCAAUAACUGACCAACAAGGUAGUCGAUCAUGGAAAACAUUUAUAGCAAAUCGUGUAGGCGAAAUUCAUGACCGAACGGCGGGUUGUGAGUGGUUAUAUGUCAAAGGAGAGGAUAAUCCAGCCGACGUUAUUAGUCGGGGAAUUUCUGCCUCACAAUUGGCUGAAAACCAACGUUGGUUCUGUGGGCCUGAGUGGCUAACACAUCCAGAAGACGCAUGGCCAAACAAUACUAAACCCCAAGUCGAAGGCCUAUUCAAGAACGACGCAUACAACAAAGAAGCACAUGACUCGGUUAAAAGAGAAGCAUUAUGGAAACAUCUAGAACUAUUUGAUAUACCAGCCAAAUUAAGAGCAAUAAUCCGAAUGUGUAUAGAAACAGCAAGAUGCAAAGGAAGAUUUGGACAAACACGUUCUUAA